GGUAACUGAAGCAGCAUAUUCCUUCUUUGGAGAGACGCUUGGCAUGUUGGGAUGGUCUAAAUGUUCCCAUGUACCUUACUGUUGUUUGCGGGUUUGCCCAGAUACCCAGCUUUCAUUGACUCGUAGACCUCCGACUGUAGUCCUGUCUAAGAGCUCCCACCAUGGAUUGAAAUCGAGCCUAUAUAAGAUGACUACAGACCCGACAUACUGGAGGUUAGAUGAAAACACAGAUUCCUUUUCCAAAACACCAGUCCUGCUUCUCAAGUAAUAAAAGGUGCACGCUGUCAUCAUGAAAGCUUUUACACUUACGUCUUUUGGACUUGCCCUCUCUGCUGCUCUGGGAGUAUUAGCUAGCCCAGCGAGCUCUGGGUCUCCUACAUCCAAUGACUUGGAUGUCAGAAACGAAGACAAUCGCCAGGUUCGGUACCCAGGAGACUGCGAUCCAAAGACCAAUCAAUGCCAUUAUAAGUCACAUAGUGGCCCGAACGCUAUCUGUCGUUGCGACUUCAAAAUAUGUACCGACGCAGUUGAGGAUAAAGGCUGCUACUAUGAUUCUUACACUAGAAAGUGCGUCUGUCAGGAUGUGGUUAAGGGAGGCGGGUAGUUCUGCUGCUGCUACUGGGUUGAUUGAGAAGUAAUCACUAUGUAGAGGGACACAUACGAGUUUGCUGCGUUUCAGUAUAUGUUGUCCUGGUUUCUAUGCUAUACCAGAAUUGAGCGAGAACCAUUAUCUAGAAUUCUGCUGCCUAUAAUGC